AAAAAUUACUUGAUUAGUAUGAAUCUACCCCUUUAAGGUAGCGUAGUAGGUCAGCAGCAACGGUUCUUCUUGCUGGCUGUAGCUGUUGGCUACUAUCUCCUAACGACUUCCUCUGACGCGUCGCCAUGAGCGAACCUCCGUCCUAUCCUUCAAUUGAUCCCACCACCUUCGACCUCGUCGUCGUCGGAACCGGUCUACCAGAAUCUAUGAUCGCCGCCGCAGCCUCUGCUUCAGGAAAAUCCGUACUUCACCUCGACCAAAACAAAUUCUAUGGAUCUCACUUCUCCUCUCUCCCCAUCUUGGAACUCACCUCUUUCUUCAAUUCCAAUUCUACUCCUCUACCGCCGUCGUCCUCCUCCACCAGCGCAACCAGCAGCGACGACUACUCCGUCGUAAAUCUCGCCAUCCGCCCCCUCUAUUUGGACGUCGAGAUUUCCUCGUUUUCCACUCAACUUUUGGAUGAACACUCGAAUAAGUUCAAUCUCGAUGUAUCGGGACCUAGGCUUUUAUUUUGUGCGGAUAGUUCCAUCGAUCUUUUGAUAAAGUCUGGGGCAAGUCAGUACGUGGAAUUCAAGAGCAUAGAUGCGAGCUUCGUGGGCGAUGAGAGUGGGAAGCUGUGGAGUGUACCAGAUACCAGGGCUGCUAUUUUUAAAGACAAGAGCUUGAGCUUGAUGGAGAAGAAUCGGUUGAUGAGGUUCUUUAAGCUGGUGCAGGUACAUAUGGCGGCUGCUUCUGAUAGAGAUGAAGGAAACGAGAAUCAAGAAGAAGGAAAAGAAUCAGAGAUUUCAGAGGAGGAUUUGGAAAGUCCAUUUGUUGAGUUCUUGACAAAAAUGAAGUUGCCUUCCAAGAUUAAAUCGAUUAUCCUAUAUGCUAUAGCCAUGGCUGAUUAUGACCAGGACAACAAAGAGCAAUGUAAAGAUCUACUCAAGACAAAAGAUGGAAUAGCUCGCUUGGCUUUGUAUCAAUCGUCAAUUGGCAGGUUGACAAAUGCGCCUGGGGCUUUUAUUUAUCCUAUUUAUGGUCAAGGGGAACUGCCACAAGCCUUUUGUCGUCGUGCUGCAGUGAAAGGCUGUAUUUAUGUUUUGCGAAUGCCAGUGACUUCUUUGCUUUUGGAAAAGAGUAGUGGCGUGUACAAAGGUAUAAGAUUGGCUUCUGGUCAGGACAUAUUUAGUCAGAAGCUAGUUCUGGAUCCAUCCUUAACAGUUCCAUCCCCCUCAGCUUCUCCAUUGGAUUCUUUCCAUGAAAGUUUUCAAUUUCUAUGCAUGAGAGAUGUUAAACAGAAGGUGGCUAGGGGAAUAUGCAUUAUGAGAAGUUCCUUGAAGCCAGACAUAUCAAAUUUCCUGGUUGUAUAUCCUCCUCAAUCAUUGUAUCCUGAGCAGAUUACAUCAAUUCGAGCUCUCCAGAUUAGUGGCAAUUCAGCUGUUUGUCCGCGGGGCAUGUUUGUGCUGUAUCUGUCGGCUUUGUCUGAUGAUGCUCAUCAGGGGAAGAAGUCACUAAAUGCAGCUAUGAAUGCCCUUUUCACUUGUCCUGAUUCUGUGAAUCUUGAAAGUAGUUGUGCAGAUCAAAAUGAAAAUGCAGAACUAAAACCCACUCUACUUUGGAGCGCAUUGUAUAUUCAGGAGCUUGCAACGGGUCAAUUUGAUUCUAUCAGCUUCACUCCCAUGCCCGAUGGAAAUCUGGACUAUGGUGAUGUCUUAGAUUCAGCUAUGAAGCUGUUUCAGAAGAUGUAUCCAAAUGAAGAGUUUUUUCCAGAUACAGUUGAGCAUGAUGAUGGGCUCAGCUUAGAGGAGACAUAGAGCAAUGCUUUGACAUUACUAUUUACCAGAUGUAAUUCCUGAAUUUGCUGAGAAACUUCAGGGGGUUUACUAUUUGCGUUUAAGCUGCUGGAUUGCACAACCCAAGCCUCAGUUUUUGUUGUAAAGUACGAAAACAUUAAAAAUACAGAUGAAAUGUUCGUUUGCCAACAUAAUUGUUUAACCUCUCUGUUGAAGUCCCUGAUUAUUAAUUGUUGAAUGGACCCUGGACUUGAUGUAAUAUGGGCUUGAACUGGGAAGGAAUUGGACUGAAUCUGUUAAAUUGUUCCUCAAAGUUAGCCCAAUCCAUUUGCUUAUAGAUUUUUUUUUUUU